ACAAAUGCCACGCCCACCUAGGUCCUACACACAACAAGUUAGCUAGCUAGCUUAGCGCAGCCAUUUUAGAUCGUUUGUACUCAUCCCCACAAGAUAACAAGAAGCUUAAGAUGGCCUCGAGGAAUGGUUCACGCAAGGAGCUCAUCGUGGACGUGGAGCCUGAGCCCGGCUCAACAGGUCAUGAGGGAGGGCAAAUCUUCACAAGAGACACGGUAUCAGUUGAGAGCAGCUUGAGAUAUCGUGCCACUAGCUCUGAAGUGACUGAGAUGGACAGUCCUGAUGGGGUAGAGGGCUUUGUGGAGGUGGAGACUCGUGAUCCAAUAGCCAUUGCCCUGGAGCAGUGUGAGAAGUGGGUCCUGGGGCCAUAUCGACUACUGCUUAAAAUGUUGGGUUGGACCCAGCUAUCUAAGGAUGGGGACACCGCGGUACAGAAGCUUGCACGAGUGGCUCUGGUCAUGUCCUGGGUGCUUGCUAUUCUGCUCACAUUUAUCACUCAAAUCCUCACCUGUUUUCGCAGAGACAGUUUUGCUACCACACCCAUGAACAGCAGUGGACGACAAGUCAUAUGUCAGAAACAUAUCAUCAGUUCAUACAUCCUCCCAGACUUGUUGCUACUGGCCUCAUAUUUCUUUGGACUCUACCUUUUCUCAAAGGGAGAAACGGAAUACUUGUCUAAUCUUGCUGACAGGGCGUUUGUGAAGGGCACACAGGCCAAGCUCAACUUCAAUAAGAAGCUCAUCUUCACCAUAUUUGGUUUCUUUCUGAUCGCUCUUGUUUGGAUUGUCUUAUCGUUUUGUGUGCGUCUGAUGACAUCAUUUGCUCUGGACCUAUGGAAUGGGAACACAACCAUCUACUGGAACACAACAGAACUCAGUGGAGCUGGUAAGGACACACUACUGGUUAUUUCUCUGGGUGGGUUUGUCUUCUUUGACCUUGUGUAUGUGGGUGCGGUCAUCAACUAUGCUGCCCAGAGUGAGAUGAACAUAUACUUACUGAGAGCUAUUCGUCGGAUGGUUGUUCAGAAGUUCUAUGAAGAUAUCGAUGCUGGCAUUAAGGACAUCCUUGAGUGUCGUCAGUAUUUGCGUGUGCUCAAUGGCAAGACGGCCACAGCUGCAGCUCUCAUCAUGUUCAAUCUUGCCUCUGCUGGAGUACUGGCGAUUAUUGGUCUAAACGACAUCAGUACAGGCAAGGCCGGGCAGUACUUUAAAGAUCUCGCCACUGUGGCCUCGGGGUUAAACGUCAUCCUCUGGAUGGGUCUUGUCUUCUUCCCCUUCAUUCAGGCUGCCAGAGUGAGUCAUGCUGCCCAGGAGUUAAAGGGAGCAGGUGUGGAGAUAAGAGCACGGCCCCUCCAAUACAGCAAGACCCCUCAGAUCGAACUAGACUCAUUCGUAGGCCUCACAAACGCUGUCAAACUCCGAGCCACCAUGUUCGGUAUCCCCGUGUAUCCGUGGCUGGUCUGGUUCAUUAUAACAGCUUUCUCCUUCACUACUCUCAUCCUGUUCCAAACUGGACUCUACAACUUCACGCCAUAUCUCUGAACUGUAGAAACUGAACUUGUGUUGAACAAUAAUUAUUUACUGACUGUGUAUAAUGUUAAGCCCCGCCCCCUUAAUUGCUGCUAGUUUUGUGUAUUAGUUAUCACAAUAAUUAAUUUCUUAUCGUGUAUUAUUAUAAUAAUUAUUGGUUUUGUAUACAUUAUUUUGUAUCAAUUAAUAAUAUUUGUCAAUUAAACAUAA